AUGGAUGAAGUUGUACGAGGUUUUAAUUUCUGUUACCCGUACAUUGAUGACGUUUUGGUUUUUUCCAAAACUCCUGAGGAGCAUGCUGAGCACCUUCGCUCAUUGUUCCGCAGAUUCGCAAAAUAUGGCAUCGUCGUUAAUACAUCGAAGUGCAUACUUGGAACCGAAGAGGUAUUUACGCCUGAUGAGACUGUUUCCAGUAUACCAUCAGAAUCUGAUUAUACUCAAGACUCGAUGUCAACGGUGGCAAAUGAUUCAUUGACAACACAUGACCACCCAGGACAAAUAAAGAAACGCAUGAAUCCUGUCGAUAUUGAGAUUUUAAAGAUUUUGCAGAGUUCAAAUGAAGUGCAUAAGAGCAACUCGCCUGAGACAAAGAGGCUAAUGCCAUCGGACGAAGAUGAAGCUUUCUUGGUCUCCAUAUUACCGUCUAUAAAAAGAUUACCAGAAGAUGAUAAAAUGGAAUUUUGGAUACAUGUGAUCCAAUUAAUAAGGAAAUACACGAAUCGCCUGCGUAUGGCACGACAUUCCACUCCUACAGACACGGGCACCACAUUGAUAGUUAAAGAUGAGAAUUUAAGAAAAAUACUCGUAACACAAGGUGAAAAUAAAAAUAUCAAGUUUGAUGCUCAAGCUAGUUACAUUGUCAGCCAUAUACUCGGAACGCACUAUGUGAAGCUGGAAAAGAUAAUCCGUGCAUUGGAAAACGGCCAUGGCGAUGAGAAUGCCCACUAUUGGAGUGGAAAAGGUUAUUUAAUGAACGACGGUCUUUUAUAUCGUCACAAAUCAGAGUCGGAUUCGGAUGAGGCCCAAUUAGUGGUGCCAGAGCACGAAUGGGCAAAUAUGCUAGUCGUGUAUCACGAUGAUCCUAACGCAGGGCAUUAUGGCGCUGAUAAGACUUAUCAAGCCAUAUCGCGUCGAUACUACUGGAUUGGUAUGCGGAAGUACAUCGAAAGUUAUGCAAAACAAUGCAUCAAGUGUCAACGUUACAAACCAUCCAACCAGAAGCCUGCUGAACUUUUACAAACCCACGCAUUGAGUCAAAGAUUCGAGGUUAUCUCAUUUGACCUGUUUGGCCCGCUUCCACCUUCUUCCGAUGGUAAAACGUGGAUCUUUAUCGUAGAGGACAUAAACUCGCGCUGGGUUGAAUUAUUUUCCCUAGAAGAUGCCACGGCAGAAAGGUGCGCCACAGUUCUGAUAAAUUAA